AUGUGCCGGGCACGGUCUCGAGGCCAACCUCUCCAGUACAUACUUGGUGACCAGCCCUUUGGGGACUUGGACAUCCUGUGUAGGAAAGAAGUCCUGAUACCUAGGCCCGAAACUGAGACAUUCACCUUUCACGCUGCCAACCUGAUUUCGCGCAAUGUCGUCAAUGCCAGUCAAUCUCUGCUCAACCCUCAUGCUAUAUCUGUACGUGUGAUUGACCUGUGCACGGGAACAGGAUGCAUAUCCCUCCUUUUGCAUGCUCUUGUCGCGCCACAUGUACAGCGCUUGUCCAUCGUCGGGAUUGAUAUUAGUACUACAGCAAUUGAAUUGGCGAGAAGGAAUUUAAUAUACAAUAUCCGACAAGGAAAAUUGUUGGAUCGAGCGAUGGCGGAUAUUACUUUCAGGAAAGGCAAUGUCCUCUGCGGUGCACCUGUUGAUGCAUCGAAUGUGGAGCAAGCUCUGGGCGAUACUCCCGAAUCAACGCUGCGUACAGCGUGCCAUCUCGAUGUGAUCAUAUCAAACCCACCGUAUAUAUCUGAGAAAUCAUAUGGUAAUGGGACCACUGCACGAAGUGUUCGGAUGUACGAGCCGAGGAUUGCAUUGGUCCCUCCAGUGUUCGGUGACGGUCUGAAAAUACCGCUGCACCGGCAGGAGGAUAUCUUCUACUACCAUAUUUUGUCACUUUCCUUCAAGAUGAAGGUAAGACUUGUAAUGCUCGAAUGUGGUGACCAUUCACAGGGUGAGCGUGUGGCGGCUUUGUGCCGUGACUUGGCAGCACAAUAUCUACAAGUGGAUGAUUUGUGCAUCAGUAUUUGGCCAGCUAAUGAUGGGACUUUGAACAAGAGCACUCAUGAGGUUUCUGAGCCAUGUAUGGUUAUAGUACAGAGACUUGGAUUGGGGAAUACUACGACCUGUGGUCAACCUCACCUCUGA